AUGGCUCAUCAGGGCUCUUCCACUUCAAUUUCGUUUAUUCGAGAAUUGCCAACGGAGCCAAUCGAUUUGGGGUACGUAACCCCUAAUCGGCCUGUUCUACCCUCUGCGCACGUUUUCGGUUUAUGACGACCCACUGUAAUGCACGUGAUUGUACUGUUUUAUUUUUAUUUUUUUUUUUUUCAUUGGUUCAUAACUUUAUACUGUAAAAUAUUGUCGCCGUUUGCAGCGUUUCGACCGAUAAGGUUUUUUUUUUUUCUUUUUUUGUAAUCCGAUAUUGAAGACGGACGUCGUAGUCGUUAACGUAGAUCACCGUGCGUUUUAAACUACGCAAACAAUCAUUUAACAAGAAAAUGUAUGCGUUUUUAUCGUUUAUUGUUUAAGGACACCUAAAUUGUAUGAACGAAAAACGUUUAAAACUGCUUAUUUGACGGUAUUUAAUAGUCAGUAGUCCACAAAUCGGUGUUCGCACAGGCUACAGUCAUUAUUAACUAUUAUGUUACCUAUGGGCAAAGUAUAGGCAGUGUACGACGUACAACUCGUUUAUAAUAUUGCGGACAUAAUUGUCGAGAGGAAUUUCGUAGUCUAAAUAACGAUUGUUAACACAUUAUAAUCUACAUGAUACUAUAGCAAUAACUUUUUGCAUUACUAGCUGUGCCGAACGGCCGAAGCCUGUGUACAGUAUUAAACGAAAAUACACAAAAAUUUAAAAAUUGUCUCCCCGUGUUCCCCUAAAAAUAAAUAUGUUUUUUUUUGGGUAAUUCAUCCGGAUCGCUGUAUUUGUACGCCCCUGCCCCCAAUCUACGUUUCGCGUUGACCAUAGCAAAUUAAACGCCUACGGUAUUCCCCGUCCCCGCCAUAAACUCCUCUCAUCCACUCACUCCGGGUGUAGUCCAAUUUGCAAAUUGGUGCAAAUUACGUAUCUUUGUUUUGAUGCAAAUAAUGAACUCCUCCCAUUCCAAUUGCCAUUUUCAUUUCUUUCAUUUCGACCCCUAACUCUCUCUCUGUCCCUCAACAAUACCCCGUUUAAUCGCAAAGUCGGAAGUCAACUUUGUUGGGAAUACAUUUUCGCCACCCACUCCGACCCUCCCACGAGUGGUCAUAAUAAUCAGAAUAAUAUUUGUCUACAAAUUUCUAAAUUCAAUCUAUUUUAAUGUCCAUAAUUAAUUAUUAUUUAUUUAAUGUCACUCUACCAGAUGUUAAAACACCCAUUCGGCACUCAUAGCCGUGGACCGCGGUGGUGGAUAUCCCUCGGAGUUUGUUGCCUAGCAGUGGUUUAGCGUGAAUGAUAACUGAGAAUGUCUUACGGUCUGGUUGAGGGGUAAACUAUGGCAGGAGUGGAGGCGUACAAUUGUACAGUGAUACGGGUGGAACGAGAACAAAAUACAUUUAGGGGACACUGGGAGCCAGUUUUAUCCGUUAUUUAACCAUCCCGCAUUAUUCUUGCAGGCAAGAUUUAAAAUUUAUCAAUCAACGUAUAAGAAAACUGUGCGAAAUGUAGUGAAAUCCGCCAUCGUAAGGUAGGCAGGUAGGUAUUAUAAAUUAUAAUGCACAAUAAAAAAAAAAAAAUAUUACAACAAUUUGAAACACGCACAAAAUAUUGUGGUUAUAUACGUAAUAACAAUACAAUUAAAAUGUAUGAUAAUAAAUACAAAUUCCGAAAUUGAUUACAUAAUAUUAUGUAGGUACACGAUAUUAUUACGAUUGCGUUGUAAUUGAUAAAAUGACUGACGGACGACGGGGAAAAGUUCGAUUUCAUUGUAAUGAUAAUCGUUUGAUCCCAUCAAGAUGUAUGACCGAUGGGAGCGGGAGGUUUAGCUCUCACAAACACAUAGAAACGCGGAACGCGUAAAACAUGGCGUUGAUUUUCGAGUAAACGUGAAACGAACGAAUCCCCCGUUAUGUUAUUCAAGGGUGAAAUUUGCGCGGAUGUUCAGCGAACUCUUAUUAAAUGUUUGUUUCUGAAGUACACCGUACAGAUUGCGGUUGAUAGAACCGCACGACACGGGGAGAACCGUGAAAGAGACACGGUUAAGGCGUGUGCGGGAGACGGCUAUUACGGGUAGCCGCACAAAAGGCGACGAAGUCUAUUGGUUGAAAAUGGGAGGUGAGCACAACUGUAUUGACAGUGAUAGUGCAAUGAUAAUAGCGCGACGACUGUUGGCGUGCGCGCGCGUGUGCGUGGGCGGUGCGGCGGUUCGGACGGUCGCAAUGGUGGUUGAGAGGACUAUUAUUGCGAUGGCCGAACGGCUGGUUGGGAUUAGAGGUACCCGCGCGAAAAAGACCACGUGGUGAUAAUUUAUUAACGUACGAACCGCACGACAAUAACACCGAUUGUUCCGCGUUAUUUGCCGAGAGGAGUCGAAAAGCGAGAACAGGUACUCGCCCAAGUACAAUGGGUACAGAGGACAUUUUUCUCGGUAAAACUGUCGGCCGGCACAUUGUUGUUAUGGUGACACGACCCCCCCCCCUUCCCUCCCCGCAGUGUUGAUGCACGUUGCCGGUUUUUUUUUUUUUUUUUUUUAAAAAAAAUAAACAUUUUUGUACGAGUGAAAUCCAAAGGUUUGCGGACGCCGCGGACCGUGACGGGUCUUUGGCUAAUUUCCCGCCUGUAGAUGCAUACACACGUAUAUUGCCAUUUAUAACGGUGUGUUACACUGGUAUUUUCAAUAUGAAUCGGAUGACCGCCUGACCGAUCCGUUUAGAUUGCUCUACAGAAUUUGCGAUCUUUGUUUCAUUUUUUUAUUUUCUCUCUAUCCGUGUUCCGUUGCGCCCGCGUACGAAAACGGGUAGGGGUACGGUAUUUCUUUAUUUCGUCACCGGUUGAAACAACUCGCAGGCCCCUUUUCCGGAUUGUGCGUCGAUUGCUGCACGUUUUUCUAUACUAUCGAUAAAAAAUAUUUUAACGUCGGUAGGUACCUAUGGUUACGUUAUUUUUGAAUAUUUUAUAUACAAUUGCACAAAACCAAAAAUACUCGACAGGUGUAUGACGCGCCGUCAGUUGGCUACGCGUAUACAACAAUUAAUAACAAUCACAGAUCGUAGAAUAGAAAUUAUUUGAAAAUGAUAAAGAAGCAUGGAAAACGAAAUCAUCAAACCCUAGGGAAAAAAAAAUCCCCGGACACAAUUACUAAGAGAAAUAAAAUCGUAGACGUUAUCGGUAAAAAUAUAAAGAUUCGAAUGUCGCGAGUCGAUUACGAUCCGCUAAACUUUAGACAAAGUAGGGGAUGAAGAUUUUUCUCCGCGUUUCACAUCCCGGGGGGGAGGGGGGGUGUGUGAGGGAUUACCAAAUAUUAUGCAGACGAGAGCACGGGCAUUGUCGCAGUAAUAACUCUGGGUGCACGGUUACAGCUCACCGUGAAACGUGAAAUAUUCUAGGACUGCGAUUGGUUGAACCGCGUAGUUAUUAUGCAAUCCUGACAAAAUCAACCUAAUUAAUGACCCAGUGGUAGGAGUACCGGGCACUGACCUCCCGAGAAGGGAAUGGGUAGCAUUAAAUAGAUUCCGAACGGGUCAUGGAAAAACAGGACACAUGCUCCAUAAAUGGGGACUCGGGCCUACACCAGGAUGUGACUGCGGCUAUGAAAAGCAAACUGCUAUACACAUUACUGAUGACUGUAAUACUCGACGACUACAAGGAGGAAUGAAAGAGCUACACGGAGCCACAAUAGGCGCAGUGCAAUGGUUGAACUCCUUGGACGUACAAAUCUAA